AUGGCUGCUGCGGCCAGGAGUCCCCUCCGGGACCUCUACGAAGAAGUCACUUGUCCCAUCUGCCUGGAGUGUUUCAAGGAACCGGUGACCAUAACCAUCUGCGGGCACAACUUCUGCCGCGCCUGCUUGAGCUGCUACGGUCAAGGACCCGAGAUUAGCGGCACCUCCUGCCCCCACUGCAGAAAAACCUUCGACCAUAGGCAAAACAUCAUCCCCAACCGGCUGCUGGCCAACGUGGUGGAGAUCGCGGAGAAGUUCCGACGGGCGGAAGAAAGCCCGGCCGAAGCCAACUUGUGUGAAAAGUACCACCGACCCGUGAAAGUCAUCUGUGGGCAACAAACCGUCCUCCACUGUGCCAUCUGCGGCCCCACCAAGCCGACCAAGAGUAACCAUGGGAGCCCAACCAUGCAAAAGACCAACGAUACAACUACGGAACACACUGACAGGAAUACAUUGGUGGAGAUGCUUAAGGAAGGAAAACAAAAUGUGUUGGCACAACAGUCAGACAAAAAGAAGAAAAGCAAGGAUUUGCUGAGACAAAUAAAAGCGGAGCGAGCAGAGGCGACAUCUCUGUUCAAAGAUCUCCACCACUUCCUGGAAGAGCAAGAAAAACAAUUCCUGGCCCAGAUGGUAGAAGUAGAGGAGGAGAUUACCAGAAAAAGAGAUUCCUUCAUGUCUUUCUUUUCCCAGGAACUUUCACUCUAUGAAACGAUCAUCCAGAAGAUACAAACUUCUCAGCAGCCCAACAACGCUCUCUUUAAGGAAAUCUUAAAAAGCUUCCAGAGUGAAGAAAAGAUUACAGACCGUCCAUCUUUCCAACCUGCCCUGAAAUGGAGAAUUUGGGACUUCUGUGAUAUCAAUCACACCUUGAAAGAAAUCACAAAACGCUUUAAAGAUACUUGGUUAUCUGGCCUUCAGCUGCAGAAAGCAAACAUAACCCUGGAUCCAGACACAGCUCAUCCUCAACUCACCCUGUUCCUGGAUGGCAAAACAGUGGAACUAGGCGAACGUUGUCAAGAAUUGCCCAACAACCCUGCAAGAUUUGACUUUCUGUCUGUGGUGUUGGGACGUGAAGAAUUCAAGGGGGGGCGGCAUUUCUGGGAAGUCAACGUAGAGAGUCAGAAAGAAUGGGCAGUGGGGAUUUCUCUGAAGAGUGUGAAAAGGAAGGAUUCGUUCUCCUUGAAUACAGCAGAAGGGAUCAGUAUGUUGGGAAGAUGGCGUGGUGAUUACAGGUUCUCCCUCCCACCUAAUCCUCUUCCUCACAUCCCGGACAAGAAAUUUAAAAAAAUCCGGGUGUGUCUAAACUGUGCUGUGGGGAAGAUUUCAUUUUUUGAUGCCGAGACUGGAAUUCUGCUCUAUUCAACAACCUCCUUUCCAGGAGAGGUCGUCCUUCCCUUCUUUUGGCUGGGAUCAUACGCCCAGCUCAGCCUCUGCCAAUGAGCCCUUCCAGUGGGGCCCCUGUAAGAAUUCCAGAUGUUGGCACCAACCCUUGUUUCCUUUUUUGGCAGUUGGGUUUCCUCGAUGUUCAGGAAGAAUGCAUCACACACGCACACACACAAUAAAGCAAUACAGAGCAGAGCUGAGGUGGUGCAGUGGUUAGAGUUAGCG